UAGAAUUGUCAAGUCUCCCAACAGAAGCAAAGCCCAGCAGUAGUAGAUGGCUAGCGAUGAACGGAAGGAAGACACACAAAAGACCGCUGUCGAUGAAUUUAUUCAAGUCAGCUCGUUAGCCAGAGAUUUGUUUAUUUUUUUUUAUUGCAACGCAUUUGUUUGGUUUCUGUGACACUCUGCUGAAUGCUUUCGUAGUCGGAGAUUAUUGUCAAAAUGGCACUCGGUGAUAAAAAGGAUACCCUCACCCAGGAUAUUCACGAGAGUGUCAGGAAUGUCCUUGGUAAACAUGUCAAAAUCAUGGAGAGGAGAGCUGUCCGAAUGGAGACCAAAGGCGAUAAAAUGGAAAAUAGAAUCCUUGUUUUUACUCCCUGUCGACUAUUUGUGUUUACACCUAAAAUUCCAACCAAGAUUGACUUUAAUCUUCACUACCUUGACUUACAAUCCAUUGAAAGCAAGAAGCUGUCCCAGCUUACCUUGUCAACAAUGGACAAGGUAUAUUCCUUCCACACCCAAGAGGAGCUGAACCAGACCUCUGAUUCUCUGAUCACUGCCAUAGUUACUGCAAUUAGUGACUUGUUUCCAGGGAUUCCAAUUGAUCAAGUGGUACGACGUAUUGACGUUAGUCCGGUAGGUCGAAUGGAGAACCUUUCCAAUCUCCUUCGUGGUUCCAAUAGCGAAACUGAAUUAAGCAUUCCGUGUGGAAACUUCUCUCGUCAAUAUGCUUGUAUGUGUGAUUACUAUGGGUUGCCGUAUCGAGAAGAAGUUGCUUGGGAUGUGGAUACGAUCUACAUGUCACACAACUCGAAAGAGUUGAAUCUUCGAGAUUUCGACCAUUUAGAUCCCAAGGAUUUAAUUCCCAUCAUCGCUGCUUUGGAGCUCAACUCCUUUUUCCUCCAGUUCCGCUGCAGUCACUUAAAGCUGUCACAUGAGUGCUCGGAACGUCUGUUGGCCGUACUCAAGAAGUCGGCCACACUCGAAGAGAUCUAUGUUGACAAUGCUGGUUUCAAAGGGGAUUUUGCCAACAAGCUUAGCAUGGCUAUCAUAUCGAAUUCAAAUAGCUCACUUCACGGGAUCGACUUGUCGCACAAUCUCAUCGAAGAUCGUGGCAUAACUAGUCUUUGCGGUUUCCUGGCCAAAGUUAGACAAGGCGCCACGAAUCUCAGCUCGUCACUGUCCAAGGCCCAUCGCGGUCUAGUGAAGCUCUCGCUUUCCCACUGCGGGCUAACUGGAAAGGGCGUGGCUCAAAUUGGCCACGCUCUCGCCCUCAACAAGUGCAUGUCCUCGUCGUUGCAGCAUCUGGAUUUGAGCAAUAACGUUGCCAAAGAUGACAUCAAUACGAUCUGUAGCUUUCUUGCCCAACCGAAUGUGCUGACAUUUCUAAAUUUAUCAAACACGGACAUCGCACUAGAGCCGAUAUUUGGAGCUCUUUUACGAGGAGGCACGACUCAUCUACGUCACCUUGAUUUAUCGAAAAACUAUUUCUCAACCAAGAAGGGCAAAGAGCUGCCACCAUCCUUCAAGCAGUAUUUCACUUCCGCUCUGGCGUUGCGUACCGUUAUCCUGUCUCAUUGCAAAAUAACACCAGAAGCGCUGAAGAAUCUUCUUCUUGGUCUGGCUUGCAACGAAUCUAUCGAUAAUGUCACGUUGGAUCUGAGUAAUAACAUCUUGGGCAACGGCGGCUGCCACGUCCUUGAGUCAUGCAUCCAUGGCGUUCGAUGCGUUUCGACUCUGGACAUUAGCGACAAUGGUAUCGAUGUGGAAAUGGCCGGUGUUUUACUGUCGAUAAGCCGCAACAAGUCGAUGAAGAAACUUAUCCUCAACAAGAACUUCCAAAACAUGAAAUCUAAGCACGCUGCCACCGUCAUCGAUGCCUUCGUUCAUCUCUUGCAGGAAGAGGACUGCGUUAUUGAGGCAUUAAGUUUGGUGGAUUGCAAAUUGAAGAGCGAACUGUAUAGUUUAAUCAACGCAGUUGGAAGCAAUCAAUCGUUGCAGCAUCUUGACCUUAACGGUAAUUAUAUGGGUGAUCCGGGCGCUCGUCUACUUUCCAAAGCCUUACAGAUCAAUACGUCCCUAAGAGCACUAUCGAUUGACCGGAAUAGCAUUACCGUCCAUGGUUACAGUGAUAUUGCUUACGCGCUGGAAAGUAACCGGACACUAAGGUGCCUGUCGUACCCGCUGCACGAUAUCAUGGUUGCCGCCAAGACCGGCACGGACAAAGUAGACGUCCUUUGGAAGCAGAUACAAGAAGCACUACAGCGCAACAUGUCGCUUGCGGGUCCGUCGCCCAACGGGACGUCGACAUCAGUUCGUUUACAUCAACAGGGUGAAACGACCAAUACUAGUUCUCAGAAUCAGUUGGUGGAUCGACUUAUCAUGCAAGUGAACGAGGCCAUUCGUAGCCUCCAGCGGCAGGGUAGUGAGGGAAGGGCGGGUGAUAUCGAAAUCGCGCGAAAUCUGCUAGUCGACGCCCACGCCGCGAAAGAGCUUCUUGGCAAACUUCAAUCCAACGUCGAAGUGGCUCAGGAUAACAUAUCUUUGAGUUCGUCGAUGAAGCCAAUGGUCGACGAACUGCAGGCAUUGCUUACCUCUCAUUUGCAAAGCAUUGGCGAUAAUUUGUGGCAUUGCGCACUUCAGCACUGCAACACUGUCAUGAGCGAUUCAUCUGUCUCUGAUCAGCUUAGAAAAUCGAUCGAGAACCAAUCGUUUUUUCCCGUCAGCGUAAUCCGAAAAGCCGUGAUGGAGAACGCCACUUUACAAUUGACGGAGAAAUUCGAUGAGUUAUCGACGGCUCUCUGUCGUACAGUCUCCGAAAACGUCAUGGAUGAAGUUGUUCAAUCUUUGACGAACAUCUAUAAGACCUUGGCGGGAGAUUCCAACCCUCCCCUAGAUUGUAAAAAGCGGUCGUCCACGCCAGAUGUACUCAAAUCCCGGACAAGAAUCAACUCAGAAAUGAACACCCAACAUGGCGAAGACGAGUCUGAAGACACGCUCGAUCAACAAUCGAAUCGCUCACCGGUGGCAACACCAGUGGCAAGCAAACGAAGAAAUCUGUUGAGUCGAAAAUUGCGACCCAAGUCGACGGUUGGCAUGGGGCAAGGUGCUUCUGCUGAUGACAUUCCUGAUCUCGUUCCCCCGUUGAAUGAGCAACUCUCUGGCAUGCAUCACCAGGGUGAAGAUCCCGAUGCAAACGAAGAAGAGCCCGGUGUCAAUGUCGACGAAUCUCAGGCAGAUGUCUCCAGAAAAUCAGCUCCCUUAAAACAUUUGGGUUUAAGUCGGCCCAAAAAACCUAAAACGCGAUUGCCUACACGAAGUGCCGCCGCUUUGCGCGUCGGCAAUUCAGAGACCGCCUCUCAAGAAAGCUUGGACGUAGAAGGAGAUCUUAGCCAAGGGCUAGACACGUUUUUUCACACGACUACAAUGGCAACCACAACAGGCGGUAGCAGCGUAAGUUUAGGUAGUAGCCGGAUGCGAGGUAGUUUGGGGAGUGUCAGUAGCGCCGAAUUGGGUUCGCCCUCAUUAGAAAGCGUGUCAGCUGAAAGCAGCCCGAUGCACCGUUCUGUGGCUGGUGACAAAUUAGGAGAGGAGGUUGGCAGUAGCAGCAGGGAGGAGCUCACUCUCGACGAAGACGCUGUCAAAUUAAAGGAGAAACGUAAGAGCGAAGAUGAUUUGUCCUCAACGACUAAGGAAAAGCGAAAAGAUUCUGGCCGUGGAAUGGGAGUUAGAUUGUUGUCUUCCAUAUUCGGUAAAAAUCCAAGUCCGUCUCCGACGAGCGAUGGUUCGCCGUCGCCCGCACCUAGCAAAUCUCCUGUGGCGAAAACCAAACUCACGUCGGUGACCAAGGAGCAAGAAUCUGAAUCAAAGCCAGUUGAAGAUGAAGCUGAACCUGCUGUGCCCAAACGAUCUGCUGUUCCAUCCAAAUUGGGCAUCGGCGUCGGAGGGAACGUGCUGGCUGAAAUGAAAGCCAGACAGGAGCGUCGAAUAUCUGGAAUACUCAAGCAGAAUUCUGAAGAAUCUGAUUUCUCCGAACGGGGGAUAGAAAAAGGGGAACCUAAUAAAGCCAAUAAUUUGUCGCCCAAUCCUCUCGGAGGAAUCAGACUGCGACCAACUCCUCACACGCCAGAAGAACAGGAGCCACCGAAAUUGCCUGAAAGAAAUAACGUUCGCUUUAUUCGACCAGCGGGACUAGAGGAAGUGGAAUCAGACCGAAACAAACCAGCCAACCCACUAACCGGCUUCCGGCUGCGUCAUAGGGGCGGUGCUGAUGAACCUGAAACGGCUAAAUUAGAAGAUAAAUCUAAUGCGUUAAAUCAGAUAAGAUUGAGGGCUACUAGUGCGGUGGUGGACGAUUCACCUUCGCCCGAUCCAUCUGGUGACGCAAAAGCUAAUCCACUAAGUGGAGUACGAUUACGUUCUACCGGAAUCAACGUGACAGAUCCGCUCAAAUCGCCCAAUAAUGGCGAUUCUAACGCUGAAAACAAGAACGAUUCAAGGAACUCUCUGACUAAAUUGAAGCCUCCUCCCCUAGCCCCCAAGCCUAGACCUUGGUCAAUUGUAGGCUCUGACAAGAAAACUGACGACAUUGAUGGAGCUGAUGCGGCAAAAGAAAAUGACGCGAAAGAAGCUGUGAAGCCGAGCAAAGUUCGAGCCAUGGCAGCAGCCGUCAAUUUUAACAAUUCAGGCUCUGAUGUUGUCCGCCGUAGCAACAAACCUUCGCAUGAGGAACAGGACGGACUUCCAGUUGAAUUCUUAGAGUCCAAAGACGGUGAACUGGAACAAGCGUAUGGACAAGAUUCUCUGAGUUCCAUUGGGUUCCUCACUAACCAACAGGCUACGCUUCCCCAGCAGCAGCAACAGCCUUUGAUUUCCCAGCAAUCCCCAGCGUCUUUGAUUUUAAACAACUUUUCACUAGAAGACGCCGUCGACGUGUAAGGCAAUCAAUUGAACAUGACGAUGGACCAUCCAAUCUGUAAACAGCUUUGCCAAUUGAUGGUGUCGGCACUCCGUUGCUGUGAUCUAUCUUCUUACCAUAUAUAUUCGCAUUCAUAUUUUAAUCUAUAUAUCAACCGUAUUUGUCGAAAUUCAGUCGUGAGAUUUCUUCAUUCUCUUUUAGAUUCUCUUGUUUUCUUACCUCCUCUUUGAGCCAAGUCGGUACAUCGAUUCGAAUUCCAAUCCAAUCUGCCGCCAUCAGACCUUUCGUACCACUUGACGAAAGUAUCGAACAUAUUUGAAGUGAGUGCACAAUGAU